AUGUCGAGAACAACAAACUAUCAAUUUCACAAGAUUGGGGAGGAUAGUAAAAAUGAUAUUGCCUUCAUAAUGAAACAGUCAUUCCCUGAAUGCGAGGAUCCAUAUUCCUUUUAUCAUCCCAAAGGGUAUAUUGCUUAUGCAAAUGAUGUUCCUGUUGGAGUUGCAUCAUUUCAUACUUAUAAAGCUGGUUAUCAUAGUUGUAUUCCCACAUUUUCUUUCGAAAUCUGUGUAAUUCCAAAGUACAGACACCAUGGUAUUGGCAAACAACUUUAUCAAUAUAUUGCUAAUGAAAUUAAAGAUGAAGAACAAAUAAUUACAACAAUUCAAGCCGGUAAUUCAUUAACAUUUAGUUUCUUCGAAAGACGAGGAUUCACCAAAGCAGAAAUGUCCCGCUCUCAAAAACCUGGAGUAGGAAAUACUUGGUUAUUAUACAAACCCGGUAAAUCACCAAGACACAUGUAUUACUACUCAGGAGAAGAUGAAUGCUGGAGAUAG